AUUUUCACACUAGCAUAUGUGACGUAUCAGGAUAUUCAUAGCAUUCAAGCCUUCCAUGAACAGAUUGUAAUUGCAGUUAAGGCUCCGGCAGAAACCAGAUUGGAUGUUCCAGCGCCCAGAGAAGAUUCUAUCACAGUCCAUAUCAGGAGCACUAAAGGGCCUAUUGAUGUUUAUUUAUGUGAAGUGGAGCGGGGUCACUCAAGUAGUAAAGUGUCGGACGGUGUAGGGACCUCUUCACCUGAAAGCGAACGUCCAGAACACCCUCCCCCUGAGAAAGAAGAAAAUCCUCCACAGCAAAGUGAAGAACUGCUUGAAGUGAGCAAUUGAUGGCGUUUGAGGCUGCUAAGGUACGCAUCCCCAGAACUAGCGUCCAGGGUUCUUCCUCCCCCACUCUGCCCUGAACAUCACUACCCAUCUCUCUGUGCGUACAGGCGUACCUCAUUUUACUGUGCUUCGCAGAUGCAGCGAUUUUUAAAAAUUGAAGAGUCAAUCAGCCUCUUUUUGAUCACGGUUUCUUUAUGCUAAGAAAUGUAUGGAUCUUCUGAAAUCUGCCCCGAUGGCGUUCUUACUUUAAAUGGGGUCGCAUCAAUGUUGGGAGUAGGGGAACAAAAGAGCAGGUAACAUCACCAACGUGUCGCGUGGUACUCACCUCAUUCAAGACAGAUCUAAGAAUCACGAUGGAUAAUGUGUCACAGUCCAUACAAAAGCACCGCGGAGCCAAUUAACAUUUGUGUGAGAAGAAACACGACAAGUGCCACAGUUGAAGACCUUGGGGCCUCUGAAAUAAAAACAUUUCUCUGACACUUUAGCCAAAGAUUUGCACCUGGAUUCUACCCAGGCCCAGGCAGGGGAUAAAGGCAAACGAGUCGGCCACAGACCACAUGGGAGGAGAGAAACCAAUGCUGGGAGACAGCCUCGUGCUGACAUUCGCGGAGCUUGGAAUCCAUGCACUGAACUGCUUCCCCAUUUUGAGAUUGGAGUAACAAAGGAUUGGCCAAAAAGAAGUAAAGAAAAUGCUAAAGAAUACAGGAAUAGCAGAUACAAGGAGCAGUCCUUCCACCUAGGACUGAGACAAGAGUCCCAGGUACAGACCCCACCCACCCCCAGGGCUGAGAUCCAGAUCAUAUUGGAGGGGUAGGGCCAGCCUUGGCCCACUGGAUAGCACAGAAGUCACUGUGGUGCUGUGGAACUCGCUGGAAAUCUGCACUCUGGAAUUUGUCAGAAAUCACCCUCUUAGUUACCAGGGAAAGCUGUUCACAGGAGGUGUCUCACCAGAGGCCAUCUGCUACAAAACUGCCCAAGAGGGGCUGCCUGGGAAAACUGCUGGCUACUAGGUGCUGCUGGCCACUGUGCCCUGUAGGAGCCAGACUUUGGGCAAGCUGCACAUGCUGCAGGAGCCUUGUGCUGGAGAAGCAGCAAACUGCAGGAGCCUGCCCAGCAAGCGCCCCGGAACCGGAAAGCAAAACCUCUUUCCUCCUGCAGCCUCUCUCUAGCGCCCUCUACUGACAAAGCCUAAUAUUGUGCCAGCUGGUAAAAUAUAUGUAAAUAUUUUUAAAGGGCCCAGAGGAGUUUUCACAGGGCAGGCAAAAAGGAUGAUUUUGAAGCUCACUCUCUGAACAAAACUGCUUGCUCUGCUGGACGCAUGAGUCUCAAAGUGCCCUCCUCUGUUAUCCCAGAACCACCCAAGGGGCUUGUUACAGUGCAGAUUCCUGGGCUCUCAAUGGAACUGACUGAAUUAGGAUGGAGGAAGGGAGACAGGGAUCUGUAUUUGAAGAUUCUACCCCAGCUAGCUUUACAUACAUAAAGUUGAAGAUCCAGGAGCUCCUUGAGGAUGGACACAUUUUUGAUUCACUGCUGUUUCCUUGGCUCUUAGUUCAGUAUCUGCCACUUAUUAGGUGUUGCUUUAGACAGCUUGAUUCCUGGGUUGGCUGGUUGAGAGAACCGAUUCAAACUUGAUCAGCUGUGAUUGGCCGUAAGCCACACACCCAGCCAUACUUUAAUGAUGUUUGCUUGCUAAGUCCGUCCCUUCACUAUUGUUGGUGAAACCCAAAGACAACAUAUCCUCACUAGAAUGGCAGGUAAUUUUUUUCCAAAGGUGGCUGCAACAAUAUCUUCCAUCCUACACGUUCUCCUACAAUGUGACCUUGCCACCCCUCCAUCAAGAGACAGGGUCUAUGUCCCCUGCCCUUGAAUCUAGGCAGGCUUGUGACUUGCUUGUAACCAACAAGAUGUAAAAAAGUGAUGACACAUGACUUCUGAGGCUAAAUUAAAAAGGCAAUGCAGCUUCUUCCUUGUUCUCUGGGAAACUCACUUUUGGAGCAGAGUUUCCAUGUAAGAAGUUUCCACGCCGUGAGGAAGCCCAAGUCACAUGGAAAGGCCACACGUGGAUUCUCCAAUCAACAGCCCCAUCUGAGGUUCCACCCAACAGCUAGAUCGACCACCAGACGUGUUAGUGUCCAUCCCGUAGCUGCUGAGUCACCUUUCCAGACGUCAUGAGGCUCCAGAGCCAUCCCACUACCUUGCUGAAAUGCCUGACCACAGAAUCAGUGAGAGUAGUAAAUGGUUGUUUUAAUCUUAUUUGGGGGAUAAUUUGUUAUGCAGCAACAGUAACUGCAACAACUUGUAGAGUUCCUCUGGAUCAGAAUCACCUGACUGUCUCAUUCUACAACUCAUACGCACCGAAAUGCAUGAACUUAUAUUUAAAUCUUACCUCUUACUAUUGCUGUGGGCUUCCCUCCCUUCUGCUGAAUAUCAUUAUGGAAGAGAAAGCCCAAUACUUCUAAACUUGCUGCACUGCCUAAUGGUUCUAUUUGAAGUACUUAAGAAAAAACUAUUUCAGAAUUGUGUCACAGGUCUUGAUACAUUAGCAAUGUAAGGAGAACUUAAUAAAGCAACAUGAAAACCUAAACCAAGGUCAUUUAAAAUUACAUUCCCAUCUAAAAAGGAAAGCACUAAAUAAUUGCCAUAGCAGUAUCAGGAAUUUGGUCAAGUAAUCUUUAUCAAGCCUCUCAGUUUGGAAAGUCAAAUGGAAUAAUGAUAAGAGGAAAGAACUAGGGAUCCGUAAAGCCUGAGUUCAGAAAUAAGUUCGUCCCUCUCGUCUUUGCAGUCUUGAACAUGUUACUUAACCUCUGUGACCUUCAGUUUCUUCAUCUCUAAAACAAGAUUAGAUAAUAACCUUCCUAGCCCACAGGACUAUUUUGCUGCUCAAGUGAGGGGGUAAGAGAUGUGACAGCACUUUGUAAAGCUGUAUGACACUAAGGACUCCUUCAGAAAAAUGAGACAAAAAUUAAACUGAAAUUGUAUCCAGGCAAUUUAGGACAGUACGGGGAAAAAGUAAAGCAAAAACCAAAACCAGAAAUCCUCUCGACAUUUUCUUUCGUGAACUGCAGUGCUGCUAGCAGACCCAGGUGUCCACUGGUAUUGGUCAUGGUGAUAAGGGGAGGGGACUCUGAUGGCAGCACCACUUCGCUGCCCUGCCCCACAGAUCCUGUUUAUACAGGAUGUUUCACUGCUUUGCUUUGAGCAAGUUCACCCUCUGCUGCUGAAGUGUUUCCUUCCCCUACUUUCGAAACAAGCAGCGGCUACGGUUGCUUUGCAAAGAUGCAUUUCCAAUUCCAAUUCCUAAGAUAAGCUGCCAGUCUCCUGUGGGUCUUAGACCUCUUUUUGGUUUUAUGUCCCAGCUGCAGCAGCCUAGCGCCCGCUGCUCGUCCCUGAAUUUAAAGCUAAUGUUCCAUUUUACACUUGCCUAUCGGAAAGGACCCUUAGAGACCGGCCAAGCCCACCAUUUCACAAAUAAGAAAACCGAGACCCGGGAGGGGAGCAGGCUCCCGACCCAGUGUCACGACAUCUUGCAGAGCAGAGCUCCUCUUUCCAGAAAUAGUUUCUCCCAGUUAUUCCUGCGUUGAGCAUGUGUUCCAGAAGUCGUGUAUCCAGCUGCCACCUCGACAUCUCCAGAUGGAUGACUAAGAAGUUUCUUCAACUUAACUUGUCCAAGCAGAACUCCUGAGUCCGCCCACCGCCUCCAGUGGGUGCCUCCCCCGGUCUACCAAGCUCAGCUAACUGCCCAGCUGCCCAGACCGAAACCCCAGGAGUAUACUUAAUAUCUUUCUCUCACUUCCCACACCCAGUUCACCAGCAAGUCCUAAGGCUCUACCCUCAAAAUACGUCCAGAAUGUGUCCAUUUCUUCCCACUACCAUGACUGAGAGUGAGCCUCCAACACCUCUCAUUAAGCUUCUACAGUGGCCACCUGACUAGAUUGUCUGGCUCCACACGCGUUCCCUUUGGGUCUUUUUCCUCCACACAGUAGCCAGCGUGAAGUUUUCAAACCAUAAAUCAGAUCGCAUUGCUCCACUCCUCCCAGGGCUCCAAUGGCCCACUCCCCUACUUCUUAGACCCCAUCUCCUAUUACUGUCCCCUUCACUCUCUCUCUUCUAGGCCUUCCUGCUGUUCCUGGCACACACCAAGCUCGUUCCUGCCCCUGGGCAUCUGUACUUGCUGUUUCCGCCCCUGGAAGGCUCUCCACCCGCAUCUUGACCCACUUUAUCUGGGUUCUGAGUGAACCGAGCUUGACCACUCUCGAGAAAAGAGUAAACCCCGCCAGUCACUCCAA